GAUUCAAAAGAAUUUGUCCAAACUGUAAUUUUAGCAUAUUAUUAAAAAGACUUUAUGGGAGACUCGGAUUAUUCAUUUUCUCUCACCACUUUUAGUCCUAGUGGAAAGCUAGUGCAAAUAGAAUAUGCGUUGAAUGCAGUUGCUGCAGGUGCCACUUCACUGGGGAUUCGUGCAAAAAACGGAGUUGUGAUCGCAACUGAGAAACGCAUGCCUUCCAUUCUUAUGGAAAGUCAUACUUUGGAAAAAAUUGCUUUUCUUUCGGACACUACAGGAAUGGUCUAUUCUGGCAUGGGCCCUGAUUCAAGGGUUUUGUUGCGCAAGGCUCGAAAGUUUGCGCAGACUUACUACCAAACCUAUAAAGAACCGAUGCCUGUUGUUCAACUUGUUCGAGAAACAGCUUUUGUAAUGCAAGAAUUUACACAGUCAGGAGGAGUUAGACCUUUCGGAGUUAGCUUAUUGAUUGCAGGUUACGAUGAACAAGGACCACAUCUUUAUCAGGUAGAUCCUAGUGGGUCCUUUUUUGCGUGGAAAGCUUCAGCGAUAGGGAAGAAUAUGGUUAACGCAAAGACAUUUCUUGAAAAGCGCUAUAGCGAUGAUAUGGAGAUCGAAGAUGCCGUACAUACGGCAAUCUUAACUUUGAAGGAAGGAUUUGAAGGACAGAUUACGGAACAUAAUAUUGAAAUUGGACAAGUAACGGACAACCAGAAGUUUAAGGUAUUGUCUCCUUUGGAAGUAAAAGACUAUUUGGAUGAAGUUGAAUAAAAAACCGGUCGAUUUGAAAACGGAUA